CAAGUCUGGGUUCUCAGCAACGAGCACGCCUUUUUGCCAACUUGUCCGCGUGCGUUACAACGCCACACGAGUUUAGUUUGAGCAUCCAAGCCCUCUGGCUGCGGCGGCGUUGCUGUUACAGAAUGCAAAACAAACCGCAAAGAAGCGCCACACCACCAAAUCCCAGGGAGGCCAACCUCUCUGUGCGUCGCCCCACCCCACCCAGGGACCGCAACCCCAUGGCUUCACCUCCCUUGCCUCUUCCUCUAGUCGUCCUGCACCCCCCUCCCGCGCCUCUCUCUCUCUCUCACUCACGUCCAAAACCAACUGCUGGGGUCUGGUAAUCAGACCCACUCCACACGCCCUCUCAAUUCCCAAGUACAAACUUGCUGCGUUCGGGCAUCUGGAGCACCAGCACCGCUUUACUCUACACGCACGUGUGUGAACCACGUACGGACAAAAAAAAAAAUACUAAAUCAAGCAUGUGCGCGUGAACAUUUUUGGAAGGCAAAUUCUGUAAGAAGUUGGAAUCGAACGGAUUAAAUAAACCCGAAGAGACCGAAGACUCAUCUGGCACUUGCAGUGACAAUUCUCAAGUCAACUUGGUGUGCGGGCGGUGAGCAAGCGGAGCCAUGAGACGCACAGGCAGAGGGUACCUCCCCGUCGGAGCACGGUCCUUUGGAAGGGCACCCACCACCACCAGGGCACCCACCACCACCACCGUCGUCCUCGUCACCCUGCUCGUCUAUUUGCAAUUCCCUGCUCCCGGUCACACCUGGCGACAGACUCUACCCCGCCUGAAGCUCUCCUACCGAGAGCUGCUCCUGUCCAACAGCUCCGCGCUGUUCCUGGGCUCCCACGAGAGCGCCGACUUCCAGACGCUCCUCCUGGAUGAAGAGCGCGGACGGCUGCUCGUCGGCGCCAAGAACGCUGUCUUCUUGCUCAAUCUUGACGACCUCAACCACCAGCCGAGGAAGUUGGUGUGGAAUCCCAACAGGGACCAGAUGAAGAGAUGCUUGCUGGCAGGAAAAAGUGAACAAGCCGACUGUGCAAACUUCAUCCGGGUUCUGCACUCGUACAACCAGAGCCACGUGUAUGUCUGUGGGACCGGGGCUUUCCACCCGACUUGUGCCUUCCUGGAAAUGGGCUUCAGGGUAAAGGAGCCUGUAUUUAUGCUGAACUGGCACAGUGUUGAGUCUGGCCGAGGAAAAUGUCCCUAUGAUCCUGCACAAGCUACAACGUCCGUCAUGGCUGGCACGGAGUUGUAUGCAGCAACAGUGUCGGACUUCAUGGGUAAAGACUGGGGAAUAUUUGGAAACAAAAAUCAUCACAAUGAGAUACCGCUAAUCCGAACAGAACAGUCUGAUCCACACUGGCUUAAUGAACCCAAUUUUGUGGGUUCCUUUGUAAUCCCAGAAAGCCAGAACCCCGAUGACGACAAGGUUUACGUAUUCUUUUGGGAGUACGGCAUUGAGGCAGGAGCCUCAGACAAAGUCCUCUACUCUCGGGUGGCUCGUGUCUGCAAAAAUGACAUGGGUGGCCAAAGAAGCUUGGUUAACAAGUGGACAACGUUCCUGAAGGCACGCCUCGUGUGCUCCAUCCCAGGACCCAAUGACAUUGACACGCACUUCGACGAGCUCAGAGAUGUGUUUUUGCUUCCCAAUAAAGAUGACAGAAACCCAAUUAUCUACGCUGUGUUUACAACAUCAAGCUCGGUGUUCAGAGGCUCGGCCGUGUGCAUGUACAGCAUGUCCGACAUCCGUGCCGCGUUCCAUGGCCCCUUUGCACACAAGGAGGGCCCGGAUCACCAGUGGGUGGACUUCAAAAACCGGAUUCCAUACCCACGACCUGGCACAUGCCCAAGCAGGACGUACGACGCCGCCUACGCGUCCACACGGGAGCUGCCGGACGACGUGCUGGAGUUCGUGCGGAGGCACCAGCUGGUGUGGGAGGCCGUGGCGCCGCUCGGAGGGCGCCCGCUGCUCGUGCGUGCCGGCACGGGGGACACGCUGACCCGCAUCGCCGUGGACCGCGUGGAGGCCACCGACGGCCAGUACGACGUGCUCUUCCUGGGGACGGAUUCCGGCUUGGUGCUCAAAGCAAUAACCAUCAACAAGGAAAACCGGUUCACAGAGGAGGUGGUUCUGGAGGAAAUUCGAGUAUUUAAGGAACCAUCACCAAUCAUCAGCAUGAAAAUAUCUAUAAAAAGGCACCAGCUGUACGUGGGCUCUCGCACGGGGCUGGCUCAGCUCUCCCUGCAUCGCUGCGAGGUGUACGGGAAGGCGUGCGCCGAGUGCUGCCUGGCACGCGACCCCUACUGUGCUUGGGACGGUGCCACCUGCUCCCGCUACCUGCCCCUGCCCAAGAGCAACAGGCGGUCCAGACGACAGGAUGUCCGCCACGGGGAUCCGAACGAACAGUGCCGGGACCUCAAAGAUAGGUCAAACGUGGUCCACGCCGAAGAGAAGAUCAUAUUUGGAAUGGAACACAACUCCACCUUCCUGGAGUGCUCUCCAAAGUCGCACCAGGCCUCCGUGGUCUGGUUUAUACAACACAGCAAGGACGAGCAGCAGGAGGAGAUCAAGACGGACAGCCGCAUCGUGAAGCUGGAGCACGGACUGCUCAUCCGGCGCCUGCACCGCAAAGACGCGGGGCUGUACCUGUGCGUGGCGCGUGAGAACACCUUCGCGCAGACCGUGGCGCGGCUCAGCCUGCGCGUCAUCAACGCGGAGCGUGCCGACGGGGCGAUGGGACGGAUCAACAGCGACGACGACGCUGCCGACCUGCCGGCUUCCGUCACCGACCUCAGGCAGCACUACAAAGAGUUCGCCCAGCUGCGCCACGGCCUGCCGCCGCUGGAGGAAUACUGCGAGAGGCUCUGGCAGAGGGAGCAGCGGCCCCCGGGGAGGCCGCACCGCCCCACCCACAAGUGGAAGCACGCCCUGGAGCUGCGCAAAAGCCGCAACCGGCGCCACCCGGACGCCCCGCUCGCCUCCCUCCAGCCGGGCCUCGUGGCGCGGCCGCACACGCAGCGUCCAGCCAGCUAAAGCAGGGGGCGCGACAUUCACCGGCACGUAGGGAAUGGCACAGUGAUCCGGCAAGCUCAGCGCAGAUGCCCCCCACGAUCCUACCGUGCUGACCAGGGUUAGCACCUAAUCCAGCUUGCUUAUCGUGGCUGGACCUUAAAUCAUCACAAUUGCCAGGUGCAAACCCAGCAUGCUGAAUAGGGAGUUGCCCUGCCUACUACCGUAGGUAAUGGAAGUUUAAGAGUUAAGGGGGCACGGGGGUGUGUUUUAAAGGUGUGUUUUUUUUUUCUCUCUACGGUUAGAAAAACAUCCUGUAGAGAAGGGCCCAAGGGAAUUCCACGGUAGGAGCGGUGGGGGCACAUGGUCAGGUGUUCACAUCUUCCCUGAACAAUGGUACAAAGCUCACAAAUGCACACGGACCAAGCUUGCAUGAUAUUGAUAUGAUUUUAAUGUGUAUAUAUAAACAGUGUAAAUAUUAACAUUCCAGGUCCCACAGAAAACAUGACACUGUUCAAGCACAAUGAACUGUUGUUGAAUGCCAAUUAUUAUGUUGAUAGAAUAAAUUAUCACCACCAGGGCUAGCUAUGGAUUCGUGGAGCUAUUUUAUAUUUGUUAUGUUUAGUUUUAUAAAUAUAUUUAAUGUGUAUAGCAAUUUUAAACAAGCAACCGUCAUAUGUAACCGUAGCUCUGAUUGAAGCCUGCUGCCAAAGAGUUUCUAUUCCCAAAAACAUCAACAUGAGUUGCCUUCAUGUGUAAAAUUUCUACACAACACUGAAUAUUGCCAUUGAUUUUAACGUUAGUAACGUACAGCGUGUUAAUAUUCUGUUUACUCGCAACGCCAGUGUUUCACCAUACAUUCUGGAUUUUGAGCGGACGCAGACAAUCAUUUUCAGAAUACAAUGUCACCAAUUAUUGAGAGAUGUGACCAGGUGGUCUAUGUGGCCACCUCCUAUACCAGUGGAAAAUGAAAAGAUGAUCCAGGUUUGCGAUUUGCAAACGCCAAAGCCGAACCUUGAACCACAUUGUCCGUGGCACUGCCCACUUCGACCAGUCACAUCAACAUCACAGACAUCCACAACCCACAUCACUCUUGCAGGCACGACAUGGCUCAACUGCCUAGACAUUAACAUAAAACCAAUUACUGGUCACCACUCCGCCAUACACAGGAGGACGACGACCUGGAUUAAAGGAAAACAACAAGUAGUAUGUAGAUUUACUUUUCUACAUAAAAGAAAAAUACAAUUCUACUACUUGGAGAAAAUAUAAAUUUUGAAAACUCGUUUCAAUCAUUGUUGAGCAGGUUUAUUAAAAUGGAGGUGCCUCAUUAUAUACAUGAUACACUGUAUUGUGUCAACCUAACUUUUAGACUUGAAAUGUUAAGACUGCAUACUAACGUAUCGGUUUAAUCUGUGUAUCUGUAGUUAGCCGAUUACUGAAAUCAAAGGUGUUAAUAUUUUUUUCCCAUGUUAUAAUAAAAUGCAGAAAAGCAUUUGACUUCAGUACUUCAAAAAGAUGCAGCAUACAAUGUAAUAUUUCAGCGGCUUUCCAUGUUAUACCCGGAGCAAAACGUUCAGAUCAAAAAUUGUCACGGCAAGUUCUACCAGAUUUCAAUUUUUUUUAAUAAUAUUAAAGAGCUCAACGCUGUUUAAAUUAGACUAUUGUAUAAUCAUUUAUGUUACAAAUUCGCCUUGAAAAACCCUUGUUCACAAGGGUUGCAUCUCAUUGAAUGCAGCAUGCCUGCAAUGUUUGAUCUUUAUAUUGUUCAGUGUCAUUGAAGUUUGUAACGUGUAAAUUGCAUAUCUUUUAAGGGCCUGAAUGAUGUGCUCUGCUUCUUUUUUUUACUAUACAACUAAAUAUAGAACUUUUAUGCAUAAAGUAAGUUAUACUAAAAUGUGGGCAUGUCAUUCGUAGAUGAGGCAAACGAAGUACUGAUGAGUUUCAUUGCAUUAAUAAAUUAUUUUUUACAAACAUA